AUGGACUCUUCGAAUGACCCAGAGGGGUCGCGGAACCAAACAAGCAGGCAAGUAAUCCCCGUACCGACCGCUUGGAGUGCGGAAUAUCAAGGACUCACUCCUUCGAAGGGGUUCCUAAAUACCUCCACCGUGUGCUACCGGAACUCGGCCCUGUGUUUUCUCUUACACUCGCCCACACUACUUAACUGGCUGGCAGCACAUCACGGGGAUCAGGGCUGCGAGGAACAAUGCGUUUCUUGUCAAUUGCACCGUCUCGCGGUGUCUUUCUGGAAGGGGAACAGCGAAAACGACGAUCAAGAGACCGUGCUGAUGGUGCUCUGGGUUCAACUACAAGCAAGUACAUGGGAUUAUGUGGAUUUGGAGGAGCAGCAGGAUGUGCGGGAGUUUAUCGAACAAUUAUUCGGCCAAAUGUACCAAGACGCCCAGGCAAAGCAAGUUGACCUGAACCCGCUUCUCAAGAUAGCCCUCGAUGUAGCCUUUGAGUGUAAGACAUGCGGCAAGGCGACGCCGGGGCCUCCGUACAAGGAAUUCCUUUGCGCGGCUUCGUUUCCGGAGGAUCUCAAGGUGGGCGAUGCCGUCAGUAUCGAGGAAUUACUUAGUGGCUGCUACUCAGGUUCAACCGUUGAUCGUGAUUGUGAGCAUUGCGAGCGCAAGACCGAGCAUCUCCGGACUGACAAAGUUGUCCAAGUUCCCGAAGUUUUACUUGUUCAUCUGAAUAGAAUAGGCGGGCCCGGGGGGGAGAAAUCGUUUAACAAUGUAAGCCUUGGUGACCAGGUAGUUCUGCCUGAAUCUCUACGCCGAGGCCUGGCCGAUAAGGAUGAUAUAUGCUACGAAUUGUACACGAUUAUAUUCCACGAAGGUGACACCAUCGAAAGUGGACAUUAUACUGCUGCAGUGAAGGCGCCCACCGGGAGAUGGAUGUUGAUAAACGACGAACAAGUAGAGUCUGUCCAGUCCCUGAAGAAACUGAUGAACAUGGGCAAAGGGAAGAAGAAACACUCCGCCACUGCUUAUGUGCUUGGGUAUCGACGCCUACCUCUGACGAGUGAGUCUAUGCCUGCAGGGGGUGACUCGAGCCCAGCGCAAGUCAGCGAUUCCGCAUCUUCCAGAGAGAAGUCGAGCCAGGCGCGAGCCAGGCCGCUCGAUGGGACGCCGUCCGCCGAUCCUGCCUUGCUAGUUCCUGGUUCAGAUAUUGCCCCCGGCUCUCUCAGUUCUGUCAGUUCUCUCACCUCUCUCGGCUCUCUCGGCUCUCCCAGCGCUCCCGGCUCUCCGGUGCGACCUGGGGUCACAAUGGAUGGAACCAUCAGUCUCGACGGCAGGGAUAUUGUAUGGACGAUACAACAGCAACUAGCCAUCCCUUCGGACGCGGGUCCCUUGAUUAAGUUGAAGCCCAGGUCUAGGGUCCAAUUUGCUGAUAUCCGGCUGAGAUUUACUUCGGGGGAGGAGGUUCUGGAAGCAAACCACACCAUCUCGCUGAAGCCACUGAAGCCCAAUAAUGCACGAAAGGCGCGGACUGAGAAAUCGGCCAAGAUCAUGAACACCAAGUCGAAGAGAACCGCCGACGGGACAGACCAGAAGAAAAAGGCAGCAAAGCCUGGCAAGCAAGCCAAACCCCGGGGUGUUCAGAAGUCAGCCCAAGCACAAAGCACUGGGGUCCAGGCCAGCACGAAAACGAAGACUGGGAGGGUGCGCAAGAAGGCUCGGUGA